AUGGCGACUGGUGGCGGAAGACAUCGUCUGAGCUAUCCAUGCCAGAGAAAACGUGGUCAAUUUCCAAGAACAACUUACAGUAAUAGAAUUUUGAAUCCUCCAGACUACUCAACGAGAGAUGACAAUGAUGAUGAAAUUGACGAUGAUAGUGAAGUUUCAAGACAGAGCAAUCCACGGUAUAACAGUAAUCGUCAGCAAAUUCCAGUAGAAGGCAGAACUGGGUACGGACCAUUCAAUCCACCAGAAAAACAUCUUUCCCCACGAACUUCUGAUACUGCCCAGAGACUAUUGACGAAUAUAUCAAGACCACCGUAUUAUCAGGCUCGUCAAACGGCAUUGCUAUCACAAUCGAGUCCCACUCCUGUUGUUACACUAUCUAAGGUGAACGUAGAAGAAGCUCUUGCUAAGAUAAUCGCAGAUUAUGUCAAUCGAAAUGAAUACGUUAGCGUUGAGAAAGUAGUUGGAAAACUAUUUACAAUCAACCAAGUUGCCGAAUGGUCUCAAUUAAAUAUUGAUGGCGUAAUGAACCCUUUUAAAGAUCUAACACAACUGUCAAAUCUUGUUUUAAAACAUGCAACAGUGAAUUUGUUUACUGACGUCUUUCAACAUAUACAGAUCAUUGGCACACUUCAAGAACUAGGCGAAGUAAUUGCGCAACGUUUCGAAAAAGGUUCAUACGACGAAUUGAAUUUAGGACCAAUAUGGAAACAUCCGAAAAUUGCAAAAUUGUUUAGAAUACCUGAUAAGCAAGAACCUAGGCAAACAACAUGUAACGAAAUAAUAGAUUUGUUUUAUGAAUACACACGUUUCUUAAAAUACACAGAACGAAUAAAUUUCGACGAAUUUAAAGACCAUGCUGCCGACAAACUUGGAGUAGAUACAUGGGAACAUUUGGGUGUUUUUGUCAAAGGAUUUCCUUAUAUACUUACACCUGAAUCAUCAUACUAG